GGACAGGCAUAAAGAGUGCGCACCUGCCAAGCCAGGACCAGUUUGUCUGGAGCUCCUGGGACCCCAGAGGAAGCAGCCCGCCAUGCUGCUCCUCCUCCUGUCCUCACUGUUCCUGCUUGCCCAGCCCCGGGGAUGCCUGGCAGCAGAGAUGAGGACCUACUCCCAGAGGACAGCGAGCAACGCCUGCACCCUGGUCAUGUGUGGCCCAGUGGAGAACGGUCUUCCUGGUCGAGAUGGGCGAGAUGGCAGAGAGGGUCCCCGGGGAGAGAAGGGGGAUCCAGGUUUCCCAGGAGCUGCAGGGCCAGCAGGGAUGCCUGGGCCAGCUGGCCCAGUGGGGCCCAAAGGGGACAAUGGCUCUGCUGGAGAACCUGGACCAAAGGGAGACGCUGGACCACCUGGACCUCCAGGACUUCCGGGAGUGCCUGGUCCAGCUGGAAGAGAGGGUGCCUCGGGGAAGCAGGGGAAUCUAGGACCUCAAGGAAAACCAGGCCCAAAAGGAGAGGCUGGGCCCAAAGGGGAAGUUGGUGCCCCGGGCACACAGGGCUCUGCAGGAGCAAGAGGCCCCCCGGGCCUGAAGGGGGAGAGAGGUUCCCCUGGUGAGCAUGGAGCCCCUGGAAGUACUGGGUCUCCUGGAGCUGCAGGUCCACAGGGAGCCCCAGGUGCCAGGGGUCCCCCAGGAAUGAAGGGGGACAGAGGUGCUCCUGGAGACAGAGGAGCCAAAGGUGAAAGCGGACUUCCAGAUAUCACUACUCUGAGACAGCAGGUGGAGGCCUUACAGGGACGGCUGCAGCAACUCCAGGCCACCCUCUCUAUAUAUAGGAAAGUCCUUGUCUUCCCCAAUGGCCAAGGUGUUGGGGAGAAGAUCUUCAAGGCAGCAGGCUUUGAAAAACACUACGUGGAUGCACAGCGUGUGUGUGUCCAGGCCGGUGGCCAGUUGGCUUCCCCACGCAACGCAGCUGAGAAUGACGCCUUACAAGAGCUGGUCGCAGCCCAGAACAAGGCUGCUUUCCUGAGCAUGACUGACACCAAGACGGAGGGCACGUUCACCUACCCCACAGGGGAGCCCCUGGUCUACUCCAACUGGGCCCCGGGGGAACCCAACAACAACGGCGGUGCGGAGAACUGUGUGGAGAUCUUCACCAACGGCAAAUGGAACGACAAGGGUUGUGGAGAGGAGCGCCUUGUGGUUUGCGAGUUCUGA